AGAACGGGAGUGGCUCCACCAAGGCCUCUGAAGAGGGGAUGGUGACAUGGGGAGCAGAGUUAGCAGGAGGAGGACGCAGAGUGAACAGCAGUUCCUCUGAAGUCACACAGGUUUACGCCUCCCGAACAGCACUUCCACCCAGAUGGACCAAUCAAACACUCUGCCUCGCUACACCAAGGAGAACGGACGUGCCCUCUCCACACAAGACAGACAGGGGUCUGCUGACUCCACCACCACAGUCACCCCCACUCCACCCCCCCUCAAACAAGCCCCCUCCCCCUUCUCCAACACUUCCUUCCCCUCUCUGGGCCAGAUGCCCAGCCUGGUCCCUGGAGCUUUGGCCCCAAAGCCCUCCCCAGCAGGACCCACCCUAGAGAGAGAAGAGCCAUCCCAGUCUACCAACCCCAAGAUGGCUGCCCUAGUCUCCCCAGGCCCGGUGACCAUCUCAUCCCCAUCUCAAGCCAGUGCCCCCAGCGUGGCUCUCUCUGCCUCCCUUGGCUUCAGCCCCAAACCCCCUGUCUGGAAAGGAACAAUCAACCAGUCGGAGGGAUCUAAGACUCCAAUCCUGGCUGCGGCUGGGUUCCGGCUUCCCCAGUCCAAGCCUGCUGGGGCUUCCGUGUUCGGAGAGGUGAGCUCCAAGACCAGCGCUUCCUCCAACACACCGUCAGCCUCCCAGGACUCCUCUAGACCCUUUGGAUUUGCCUUUGGAGGCACCAAGAACAACAAGGCCCAACCGAAGCAGCAAGACCAGAACUUAUUCUUCCAGUGUAUGACGGGUCAGAAGACUGGUCAGAACCCUGGUGGUCCUAACCAGAACCAGACUCCAGGUCAGAGCCAGUCUAAGGACACCAACUACUUCACAGCAGUGUCCGAGAGCUUGAGUAAGAAGCCUCCUAGCCUGUUCAAGCCCUCUGUUCUGUCCCCGGCAUCAGCUGGCCUGUUUAGCUCAGCUACAGCUUCUCUCAAAGAGCAGUCCAAAGUGCCUGAGACCCAAUCGGCAGGCAACGGAGUGCUCAACAAGAAUUUUGCAGGGGACAAACUCUCACCUUCCUUCAGCAGUGGCUCUGGGGGGAUGAGGUGUUCUGGUCUGGUCAUGGGGGCGAUGGACACCCCAGCUCUGGGUGGUGCUAACAACAGGAGUGGCACUAACGGUGUCGCGGUGGGCGGCUUCGGCACCAAGACAGACAGCCACCAGAACCUGUUCCUCCAGGGCUCCAAGGAGCCCUCCAACCCCUUCCUGGCCUAUGGGGAGAAGCUCUCCCACAGUCCCUUUAGUGGCAAACCAGCCCCUCUGGAGCCUGAGACCCUGGGCCCGUCUUCAGCUUCGGAGAGCAAAUCCAACCUGUUCACCAUGGUCGAGCUGCCCAAGGGCAUUCUGUCUUCCCCCUUCGUCUCCCUCUCAGCUGCCGCUGCCUCCAGUUCUUCCUCCCCAGCCCCUGGCUUCACCCAGAGGCCCCAGUCAGUCACCUCCUCCAAGCCCAAGGAGAGUUCCUCCACAGGAGAUCAGGGCUCCUCAGCUGAGGGUGGUUCUCUGGAUGACCGACCCAGCUCCACCUCAGGCUUCCCCAUGUUUGGGAGUGCAGUUGCUGGAGGGAGUGGUGAGAAUGUACCCAUGCCUUUUGACCAGGGCCAGGCCCAAAAGUUUGCCCUGGAGGAGCGAGGUCAGGCAUCUAAACGUGACUCUGACUCCAGCGACAACAGUGACCUGUCGGACCUAAGUGAGACAGAGGAGGGUCUGGAGAGGGGCCAUGCACCUGGGGGCCUCGUGGGGCCUGUCAAGGAGGGAGCCAUGCUGCUGCAGAAGGGUAAAGGGCCCGGGGUGGCCAAGAGCCGGCCACGCAACAAGCCCUUCAAAGUGGGCCAGUCAGUGUUGAAGGACGUGACUAAGGUGCGUCGUCUGAAGCAGUCAGGAGAGUCAUUCCUGCAGGACGGUUCCUGUAUCAACGUGGCGCCCCACCUCCACAAGUGUCGCGAGUGUCGCAUGGAGCGCUACAGGAAGUACCGGGAGCAGGAGCCUGACGACGACGACCCCAACGUGGCCUGCCGCUUCUUCCACUUCCGCAGGCUGGCAUUCACACGUAAGGGCAUUCUGCGUGUGGAGGGCUUCCUGAGCCCCCAGCAGAGCGAUGCCAUGGCCAUGGGACUGUGGCUUCCCUCGCCGUCCGUACAGGAGGGCCUGGACCUGGACACCUCCAAGUACAUCCUGGCCAAUGUGGGAGACCAGUUCUGUCAGCUCGUCAUGUCUGAGAAGGAGGCCAUGAUGAUGGUUGAGCCACACCAGAAAGUGGCGUGGAAGCGUGCGGUGCGCGGUGUCAGGGAGAUGUGUGACGUAUGUGAGACCACCGUCUUCAACAUCCACUGGGUCUGCAGGAAGUGUGGCUUCGGGGUGUGCCUGGACUGCUACCGGCAACGCAGGAACCGCCCUAUGGAGGAAGUGGAUGAGGGGCCUGAUGACGAGGUGUUCUCCUGGUUGAAGUGUGUAAAGGGCCAGAGACACGAGCCUCAGAACCUCAUGCCCACACAGAUCAUACCUGGAACUGCUCUCUAUAACAUAGGGGAUAUGGUGCACUCAGCCAGGGGCAAAUGGGGCAUCAAGGCAAACUGCCCCUGCACCAGCCGGCACCACAGGCCCCUAGUGCGCCCUAGCGCCCCCAAUGGCAUCUCACAGCAGUCUGCGGUCUCUUCCAGUACAGGGAGCAGUGGUAGUGGACCAAUCACAGGUGGCGGGGGUCCAGCGGGUUCAACCACUCCUAAGCCAGAGGGGGCGGAGAUGACAGUGGUCAAAACAGAGCCUACUUCCACCACAACGUCAGAAGGGGGAGGAGGGGGGGUUGAAACUAAUGGGGCCAACCAUACCAGCGCCACCCCAAACCCUGCCCAGACCCCCACCCCCAAAGACCCUCGCCCCUCCACGGGUGAUGGAAACUCCACCGCCUUGCACUGGUUGGCAGACCUUGCCACUCAGAAAGCCAAGGUGGAGGACACAAAAGAUUCUGGGUCGAUGCGCUCUGUGAUGGGCCGGGACACACGCUCUCCCUUUGGCCUGGACUCGUUCAGCGCCCUGUCCAAGCCUUCGUCUUCCUCCUCCAGUCCUAAACUGUUCAACAGCCUGCUGCUGGGCUCCAGCAACAGCCAGCCCAAACCAGAGGGCUCCAGCCUCCGAGACCUGCUCAACUCUGGACCUGGGAGGCUCCCCCAGGGCCCCGGAGACUCUGGAGUAACCUUCCCAUCUGUCUUCUCCACCUCAGUAGCUGGGGACAAGUUGAAGGGCAGCCUGCCUAACUUCCUGGACCAUAUCAUCGCCUCGGUGGUGGAGACCAAGAAGGCGGAGGGCCGUCGUUUGGGGGAGGGCGGCAGUGAGCUAGGCGGGGUUGGCCGUAGGGACGGGGUUAUGGGCCUCAGCGUGCUAGACCCCCACACCUCCCACUCCUGGCUCUGUGACGGACGCCUGCUCUGCCUGCAGGACCCCUCCAACACCAACAACUGGAAGAUCUUCAGAGAGUGUUGGAAACAGGGCCAGCCGGUGCUGGUGUCUGGUAUCCAUAAGCGUCUGAAGGGGGCUCUGUGGCGGCCUGAGGCCUUCAGCGAGGAGUUUGGGGACCAGGAUGUUGACCUGGUCAACUGUCGGAACUGUGCCAUCAUCUCUGACGUCAAGGUUCGAGACUUCUGGGACGGCUUCCAGAUCAUCUCCAAGCGUCUGAAGGGUAGUGAUGGUCAGCCCAUGGUUUUGAAGCUGAAGGACUGGCCUCCUGGAGAAGACUUCAGAGACAUGAUGCCCACACGGUUUGAUGACCUAAUGGACAACCUCCCCCUCCCAGAGUACACUAAGAGAGACGGCCGUCUGAAUCUGGCCUCCCGCCUGCCCAACUUCUUUGUCAGGCCAGACCUGGGGCCUAAGAUGUAUAAUGCUUAUGGUCUGAUGGAGACAGAAGACCGGAGUGUUGGCACCACCAACCUGCAUCUGGACGUGUCUGAUGCCGUCAACGUUAUGGUGUACGUGGGCAUCCCUGAGGGAGAGGGAGACCACGUCAAGGAGAUGGAUAUCGCUGGAUGUAAAGAGGUGAUGACCACCAUCGAGGAGGGUGAUGUGGAUGAGAUGACCAAGAGGAGGGUGUAUGAGGCCAAGGAGAAGCCCGGGGCACUCUGGCACAUCUACUCUGCCAAGGACGCCGAGAAGAUCCGCGAGCUUCUCCGCAAGGUGGGUGAGGAGCAGGGCCAGGAGAAUCCGCCGGACCAUGACCCUAUCCACGACCAGAGCUGGUACCUGGACGGGGUGCUGCGCAGGAGGCUGUAUGAGGAGUAUGGUGUGCAGGGCUGGGCCAUCGUACAGUUCCUGGGAGACGCAGUCUUCAUUCCUGCCGGGGCUCCCCACCAGGUCCAUAACCUGUACAGCUGUAUCAAGGUGGCGGAGGACUUUGUGUCUCCUGAGCAUGUGAAGCACUGUUUCAGACUGACCCAGGAGUUUAGACACCUGUCCACCACACACUCCAACCACGAGGACAAGCUGCAGGUGAAGAACAUCAUCUACCAUGCUGUAAAGGACGCUGUGGGGACACUGAGGGCCCACGAACCCAAGCUAGCACGCUCUUAGAGCCCUCCACACACAAUCUGUAGUGACAGAAUAGAGUAGGUGUCAGUGUGCAGAAGGGGGGCAGUGAUGUGCUCACACAAC